CUGAUCAAAGAUAAUCACCGAGUAGAGCUCAAUCAAGAAAAGGUCUCUUCUUCAAGAACCAAGAUGACUUCCAUCCUCACGCCUAUGUCCCUAACCUUGGCCCUUUUGUUGUCCUCCUUCCUCACUUCCACGCAUGCAGCAACUUUCGACAUAGUCAACCAAUGCACAUACACCGUUUGGGCGGCCGCAUCGCCUGGUGGUGGGCGUCGGCUCGACGCCGGCCAGACGUGGUCCUUGAUCGUGGCCCCGAGCACGGUCAUGGCGCGCAUAUGGGGCCGAACCAAUUGCAACUUCGACGCCAAUGGCCAGGGCCGGUGCGAGACCGGCGACUAUAACCGGCUGCUGAAUUGCCAGGGCUGGGGAAGCCCGCCCAACACCCUAGCCGAGUUCGCCUUGAACCAGCCCAACAACCUGGACUUCCUGGACAUAUCGCUUGUCGACGGAUUCAACAUCCCGAUUGACUUCAGCCCCACCACUAGUGUGUGCCGCGGGAUUAGGUGUGCGGCUGACAUCAACGGCCAGUGCCCGGCGGAGCUGAAGGCCCCCGGCGGCUGCAACAACCCGUGCACGGUGUUCAAGACCAAUGAGUAUUGUUGCACCAAUGGGCCCGGAAGCUGCAACGCUACCACUUUCUCCCAAUUCUUCAAGGAUAGGUGCCCGGAUGCGUAUAGCUACCCACAAGAUGAUCCAACCAGCACAUUCACUUGCCCAAGUGGUACCAACUAUAAGGUCACAUUUUGCCCAUAGAGGGAAAAAUUUUACGCAAAAUAAGAAUGAUGAGGGGGGAGGGAUUAAUAAUGUAGCUCAUGACUUAUGAGCACAGUUAUAAAUGGUUGUACUCUUCACUACUCAAAUAAUACAAUCGGUGACGAUUUAUAUGCGACCAUAA